ACAACAGUGAACGAACAGUUAGGAGUGAAGUUGAAGCCUAUGUUAUGCGGAUUGAUACUCCCCCCUCUUAUGACACUCGUAAUUCGCAGCAGUAUCAAUCAGUUAUCUGAUUAGGAUUGUAGUGCUUUUGACAAGAAUUGUUUACGAAAAACUUACAUUCAUUGCGGUUCAACAAGUGUUGCAAUUAGUGAUAUUAUUGUGCGAAUAACGUAACCACUGCGUGCUACUAAACCAAAAAGACAACAGUUUAAAGUGAACAAUUUACGUAAUAACCUACAAUAAUAAUAAUGUUAGACUGCUCUAACUAGUUUCUGUCUUGAUUUGUAUGGUUAUAAAUUAACUCUUGACGUCACACAAGGCGACCAAUCACUUGGCAUCAAAGAAUGUAGUAAACUGCGUGCUUAAAAUUUAUAACUAAAAAACAUUUUUUCUCUUAUAUAAUAUAUGGGUCCCUACCACGUGAAUGCGUGUUGAAAAUAUGCUAUUGAAAUGUACUGCCGACGGGAGACGUAUCAAAGUGAAUGGAACACCGGUGUCUCAAGGGAAUGUAGCGAGAGGCAUGAAAAUGACUAUGUCUACGAGUGCUACCAUGAGUGCCCGUGUGCAUAGAAAGGUAAUUCGGGCGCCGCAUAAACGUGCGCACCCUGGCAAGUACAUCGCGGGCAAGAUGGUGCACCCCGGGAAGAGUGCGCUCGUUCCGAGCAGGAGUGCGCUCAAUCCGGGGAAAUUCGCACACUUGGGCAAAUUCGGGAAGUUCGCCCAUUAUGCGCACGCACAUUCGUUCAGGCCGCCGGAGCCCUGCGAGAAAAGUAAUGACAGCGGACUGGGCCCGGAGCCCCUGCACAGACUAUCAGACCCGUGCGAGGAUUGGGAUCAGCGAGAAGCAAAACGUCCGCGCCGGCGCGAUAUCGAGUCUGCAGUUAAGUUAGAGUGUGACGACGCCAAUGACGCUUACUCGUUUGCUUCGCCCGCGCUGCCCGCUCCCGCGCUCGCUACGCUGGACGCUGCGCCCACUACUGUGCCCAUACCCGCAAUACGAGCGGGAAGCAGUCUUUCUAGUCCAAAUUUAUCAGAAUCGCCUGGAAAAAGGUUUCAAGACAUCUCCUACAGGUCUUGCGGGAAACUUGCAAAUAGCGGGAAAUUGGCCAGCAAGUACGCAACAGGUGGUAAACUUUCUGGCAAGCUAGGGGGUAAAUACGGAGGAAAGUUAGCCCAGGCGCUUGCGAGGCGAAGAGCUUUAGCCUCCAUGACGCAUUCCGGGCCUUCGGGGCUGGCGGCCCCGUUAACCAGCAAAUCCAAAGAUGGGACUGUGGAGUUGCAGAUAUUAUGCCAACCAGAGUCUCAACACAGAGCGAGGUAUCAGACUGAAGGAAGCAGAGGUGCUGUUAAGGAUAAUUCAGGCAAUGGAUUUCCUAUAGUGAAACUAGUCGGCUAUGAUAAGCCUGCAGUUUUACAGGUUUUUAUAGGAACAGACACGGGGAGAGUGGCGCCGCACAUGUUUUACCAAGCGUGCCGGGUGUCUGGCAAGAACUCCACGCCGUGCAAGGAGAGGAAGGAGGACGGCACCGUCGUUAUCGAGAUAGACCUGGAGCCGACUAAGAACUGGCAGGUCACGUGCGACUGUGUCGGAAUAUUGAAGGAGCGUAAUGUGGAUGUGGAACAUCGGUUUGGAGAAGUCCUGGGUGGAGCGGCCGCCGGGGCUCACGCGGCGCGGGGCAAAAAGAAAUCAACAAGAUGUCGCAUGGUGUUCCGCACAGAGAUCAUGGACGCGGCUGGCAGGACCGAGCUGUUGCAAGUCUGCUCCACGCAGAUAAUAUGUACCCAACCUCCUGGAGUACCAGAAGUGUGCAGAAAGUCGCUGGUGUCGUGCCCUGCGACCGGAGGCCUGGAGCUGUACCUGCUUGGCAAGAACUUCCUGAAGGAGACUCGCGUGGUGUUCCGGGCACAGCAUGAGGGCAGAACGUGGGAAGAAGAGGUCACACCUGAUAAGGAAUUCUUACAGCAAACGCACCUGGUGUGCUGCGUGCCCGCGUUCGCCCGCGCCGACAUCUCGGAGCCGGCGCCGGCGCAGCUGUUCGUGCGCUCGGGCGGCAAGGCCAGCGAGCCGCACGCCUUCCUGUACACGCCGCCCGCUCGCGACACGGGCCCGCCGCACGCCUCGCGACACCACGCCGCGCCUGCAGGUACUCGACCACCCCGCCCCGACUCCCACUGCUACCCACUCGCGCGUUUUACUACUACUACCAUAUGUGUCAUAAAUACAAACAGUGACUCGAAUCCUUUGUGCUACCGCUAA